AUGAAUUUGAGGGAACCACUUUUACGUGGUAUUUAUGGUUAUGGUUUUGAACGCCCGUCUGCUAUUCAGCAACGUGCCAUUAAACCGUGCAUAUCAGGCCGAGAUGUUAUUGUACAAGCACAAUCCGGUACUGGGAAAACAGCUGCAAUUAUCAUCUCUAUUCUUCAACAAAUAGAUCUUGAUUUGAAAGAAUGUCAAGUGCUUGUUUUAGCACCAGUAAGAGAGUUAGCUAAACAAACGCAAAGACUUGUAUUGGAGCUAAGUCAUUAUAUGAAUGUCACGUGUCACGUUUGUGUUGGUGGUACAAAUGUUCGUGAGGACAUGAAAUAUCUUGAACAAGGCGUUCAAAUUGUUGUUGGAACACCUGGACGUGUCUUCGAUAUGAUAAAACGUCAAGCACUUCGUAGUAAACACAUCAAAAUGUUCGUAUUAGACGAAGCUGAUGAAAUGUUGUCGCGAGGUUUUAAAGAGCAAAUUUAUGAUAUUUUUACAGCGAUGUCUGACAAUGUUCAGGUCGCUCUCCUAUCUGCCACGAUGCCUAGUGAUAUAUUAGAUGUAACAACAAAACUUAUGAAUGAUCCAGUCAAAAUUCUUGUGAAAAAAGAAGAACUCACACUCGAAGGUAUUCAACAAUUUUAUGUAAAUGUUGAACGCGAAAACUGUAAAUUCGAUAAAUUGUGUGAUCUGUUUGAAAGAUUAACAAUUGCACAAGCAAUCAUCUAUUGUAAUACUGGACGAAAAGUUGAUUGGUUAACAGAACAAAUGCGUAGUCGUGAUUUCACUGUGUCGGAAAUACACGGUGAUAUGGAACUAAACAAACGAGAGAUUCUCAUGAGAGAAUUUCGAACCGGUUCUAGUCGUGUUUUAAUAACAACAGAUUUACUACCAGGUGGUAUUCCUGUAGCCCAAGUUUCAUUGGUUAUCAAUUAUGAGUUGCCAAAUCAGUGUGAAAGAUACGUCCAUCGGUACGUAAAGAAGUAGUGAGAACAUUAUAUCCGUUUUACGUAGCGGAGUUAAAUUGCACUUUCACAAAUCAUAUGAAUGAAGAAAUUCGGAUAUGAUUCGUUUCCGUUCAGGCUGCUAUUAUCUAU